CAAUGAAUGACAUCCGUUCCUGACAUAAUGGAAUGCACCCCACGAGUGUGGAAGUAUCGACCAAUCGCAUAAAUCAUUCAUUCAUUCAUUUGCGUCUCCUAUGAACGCAUGAAGGAAGUGGCUAUCCGUAGAAAGCACUGGGGUGUGGCCUACGAAAACUGCCUCCCCCGUUCGCUCAGUCGUCGCUGUCUGACUUGCGGUCAAUCACUCUUCACUAUUUCCUACUCGCUAUUUUCACCUAAAACAGCCGUCGGGCGUGCAGACGCGUGUACCACAGUCACAUCCAUCAGCAUGCAUGCACACGCCCGAUGGAUAGACACAGCAUGACUGUCCUUAUCGACACAGAUGAAGCAUAUCGACACACACGCACCCACACAUUCACUCGUCCGGCACACGCACAUACAUAUAAUGGGAUGACCACGUAUCCCAUUCAUUCACUUGCUCUGCCCCACCAGUGCACCACGCAGCACAGAGCCCCUCGUCGGCCGAUAUGUGAAUGCUCCCGAGCCCAACUCCACUCUCACGACACCCAUCUCGUUCAUCAUCAUCAUCAUCACGGCCCUGUUCCGCAGCGCCGGCAUCGCCCGCCCGGUUCGUGCGUCACGCACUGCUCCUGUGUGCUGUACCAGGGGCCUGUUGACGCGAUGUAGAUGUCGAUAGGCAGCCGACACUGGACAUCCAUUGGGGCGGCGAUGAGCUGCUGCAUCAUCCCUCUGGUGACAUAGAAGGCACACGUUCCGUGGGCGUAGAUGCACGUGGGCUGAGACACAGGUGAGGCCCGCCAUAGAGAGUAGAAUGGCCGCCGAUCUUGCGCCGCUUGAUAUGCCUCCUUCCGAAAGGAUUCAGCGUCAGCGAGCUCCACAUCUGCAGACACACGGAGGCAUUGCAAGUGAAUGAGGGAUCUUCAUGGUGCCUCGUGUGCAGCGGCAUAUGAGUACCGUCUUCGAUGAAGAUGAACCCUGGAUCAGAGUAGUUGGCCAGCACCCUCCUGAACACCGACUGAUAGGUGUAAAAUAGGCGGUUGCCGAAGGUGAUAGUCCGGCACUUGCUCCGCCGAUUGUACUCAAGGCUUGGCGCUGUGGUAUUGAUUAUCGUCAUAUCAAAGCGGGACGCCCAUGAGGGACGGGAACGAAUGCGUCUCGCGUCGUCUUCUGGACGGGCCGAUAUUAUGAACACCCGCGGCAUAGCGCACGAUGCUGACAUGGCGGAGCUGCUCGCAGGGCACUGCAUGGCAUAGAAAGGCAUCAGCAUGUGCGCCUUGAUGAAGUCCAGUGGACUGUGCCGCUCGUUGAUUUGGGCCCGCCGAUGCAUAAGGAAUGCAGAAAGAGCCAGCACGCCGGUGCAGAGGCACAGCCACCACGUCAGCCACCGCAAUGUUUGGACAUGGCAAGUCGAUGCGAAGAAUGUAGAACCCCAAAUGUGUUUGAUGCCGAGGAGAUGCAGCUGCAGCUGAACAGGCGGCGUCCAAUGAGAGCUUAACUCGCGAGAGGAAUAGGGACGCCGCUUGUCUUUAUAGAGGCGGCAAGGCUGCUCUUCCACCGGUACAUCCAGCGUCACCUGCGACAUACAUCCUCACGCGCAACACAUGAAAUGGAGCUAAUCGGUGUGUGCGAUGUCACUCACCGUGUCUGAAGUCGGCUCCCGAGCGUCCAUCUUCACAUGAACACAACACAAACACACACACGAGGCAACUUUGAAGGUACAACGGUUUCCGUUUCCGAGGUGCUUUUGCCUCACCCAGUCAGUGGCGGGAGUGUGUCCGCACAAUGGCACGAGGUGAGGAGAGCUGUCACCAUUGGCAGAUUCCUGACAGGAGAGUUGCGGAGGCCGCUUCGACAUCUGACAGCGACGAGGUGAUCGUUGGACAAGGCCAGAUCUGGAAGAGGGGGGAGGGGAGGAAGAGGAGGAAGAGGGGGGAGGGGAGGAAGAGGAGGAGGAGGAGGAGGAAAGACGAGGCGAGA